AUGGCUUCUCAUAUUAGCAAUAGUCUUCAUACUGAUAUAGCUCUUAAUGGUUAUGAUGAAUCUGAAUUUGAUAUCAAAAAAUUUUAUACGAGAGAUAAAACUUUACAAUUACGUGAUACUUAUAUUCCGAAUUGUACCGAGCUUUUUUAUCGUCAUAGUCCAUUGAAGAUUGUUCGUGGUCAAGGAACAUAUAUGUAUGAUCAAUUAGGAAAUAAAUAUUUAGAUUGUAUCAAUAAUGUUGCACAUGGUAUUUAUUAUUAUUAUUAUCUGUAUCAAUAUCAUUCUUUUAUCUUUUAG